UGAUCGGUGACCGUAUUGGAUGCUAUCAUAUGCGUUUGCUGAACCCCAAAAGAUCCCCCUUCCUAAAAUGUCUGGUUUCAAGAUUCAGUAAACUGCACCAUACCUUCAAACUCCCGAGUGCCUACCACCACCACCAUCAUACCCGAUUCAUGGCCCAGCGCGCGUCAAAAUCGACGCUCAUAUGCAGUGCACACUGCACAAUACGAAGGCCAUAGCAAGCCGAUUAUAAUUCAGGAUCUUGCCCGGUUUCCGCUUCUCGUGUCUUUGCUUCCCCUAAUAUGUUAGCAAUGCGUAAUGGGGCAUGACAGGUGGCCGUCUCUUCCCGUCCGUGGUGUCGGCGUGAGGUGCCUUAAAUAAAUUGAAUGCACUUUCGAUGAGGUCCGCCUCAUCUCUUUCCACUCCUCCAAUCAGUCAUGCUAUAUCUGCCUGACCUACGCAUUUCUGGCAACAUGCAGCUCGUUCUCGGUGCUACAGCUUGCGUUGGGGCUAUAGGAAUGAUAAUCUGUGCUUACCCCCGUAAAUCCCGCCUUCCUCCUUCUCCUCCCACUUGGCGGCUUCGGGGACACUUCCUACCCCCUCUCAACGCAUCUCUCACUGUAGCGCGGUGGAUCGACGAGUAUGGCCCUCUGGUUACUAUUCGCUCAGGAAUCCAGACUAUCGUGAUUAUCGGCCGAUACAAAGCCGCGGUAGAUAUAAUGGAGAAGCAGGGUAAAAUGCUAGCUGAUCGACCUCGCCUUGCUGCUGGAGAAAUUCUUACUCGCGGACUGGACAUCGUUGUGGCACACGCUGGGGACAGGUUCCGUCGGAUGCGUAGGUUCGUCGUUGCGAUAAUAGCACUUCAUACGCAUCUCCAGCCCAAAUUAGCUGAGGCGUAUCAGCCUCUGCAAAUGUCACAAGCUAAGCACGUAAUCGUCAACAUUCUUAACGAUCCACACAACUUUCAGAACCAUGUGGCAGCUUAUGCUGCAACGACGAUCAUGAAAGUUACAUAUGGGAAGACCACGCCGACGUCAGCAACUGACCCUCAAAUUGUAGAGGCUCGCCAGCUCAUCAAGACAUUCCGUACAAUCCUGCGUCAUGGUAAUUACUUGGUGGACUCGAUACCGUGGCUCAAAUACCUUCCUUGGUAUGCGCCAGAAUUAAAACACCAGUUUGAGAAAACCAGGCGACUCUACAUAGACCAACUGAACCGCGUGAAACUGCACAUACAGAGCAACGAGGACAUCGGUCCUUCGUUUGCAAAACAUAGUCUAGAAAAUGGGCAUCUCUAUGGCUUGACAGAGAUCGAGAUGGCGUAUCUUGCUGGCGCGUUAUUUGGAGCUGGAACCGACACGACCUCUGCGGCGAUAUGCACGGUGCUGAUGGCGGCCGCACAUUUUCCUGAAGAGCAAGCUAAAGUCCAGGCCGAGCUUGAUGCUGUCAUAGGAAGGGAGCGAGCACCGACCUUCGCCGACAAACCGUCCCUUCCUCGUCUGGAGGCCUUCAUCUCUGAGGCUUUGAGAUGGAGACCGUUGGCUCCUGAAGGUGUGCCUCACCGAACGACUGAAGACGAAAACUAUUGCAUUCCCGCUGGAACUACGGUAAUCGGCAACCACUGGGCCAUCUCUCGAGAUCCAGAAGUCUAUCCGGAGCCUGAUGCGUUCAAGCCCCAGCGCUGGAUUGACGACCAAGGUCGCUUGAGAGAUCUCUCAUUCUUUGUAUUUGGGUUUGGUCGGCGCGUAUGCCCAGGUCAACACGUUGCGAACAGAUCGGUGUUCAUAAAUUCGCUUCUUAUCCUUUGGGCCUUCCAGCUCAGUCUGGAUCCUACGAAGCCGCAGGAUGACAUGGGGUUCACGAGCGUGAUGAUCCCAAAUGUCCCAUGCACUAUUGAAUUUCAGACGAGGGUUCCAGAAGUGGAACUUAGGCGUAUGAUGCAGAAUUAUCCUGAGGCUGAGUGA